AUGGCGAUGCGUCUCGCUCUGUGUCUGUGGACGGGCCUUGGGCUGGUUUCCGCUUCCCUCUGCGGAUCGUCAAGUUGCCCGAUGCGGCCAAGAGAGUCGGGACGAAACGGGGUGGAUCCGCAUGCCGAUGCCGCAAACAGCGCUUCUGAUGUUAGCAGCUUCAAGCGCAAAACUGUCACGGACAAGCAGCACAACGGUACCGGACAACUAGCCGCUGAUUUUGGUGGCGACCAAGACACUCGUUGGGCCUCGAACAGCGAUUCUCAACAAAGUCAGAGCCAUGUCGACUCGAUACCAGCUGCAACGCUAUCCGAGCCGUCAUCAAUCUCCUCGUCGGAUUCGAAUUCCUCCUCUACCUCGAGCAUCAAAACGAGCGACGGCACUGACGCAACCUCUGCCAUUCCCAUCUCACCUUCCACAAACGACGAUUCUCCAGCAACGUCUGGCUCUGGUCCGCCCAGCUCGAGCUCUUCCAUAUCCAUUCCUUCGCCUUCCACUUCAAAUACUACAUUGUCGUCAUCUGCAACGCUCCCCAAUAUCGACUUUGGCAGUACCUCCAACGAUGCAACUUCGAAUCCCACCAACUCGACCCUCCCACCGACGCGCGCAUCGACACAGUCGCCGGAAUCGUCGGGUUCUUCGUCACGCACCAAAGCGAUCGUAGCGGGUACCACUGUUCCCGUUGGCAUUAUUGCGUUGGGCUUGGUCGCCCUGAUCAUCCUACGCAAGCGACGACAGCGAAGCAGGAUGCUACAGGCCCGAGCAAUGUUCACAGACAAGCAUGACGAAAUCGAUGAAUCGGCAAUGAGCGCAACAGAGCGGUCGGUGCGAGCAGUGCUUGCUGUCGAACCCAUACCGACUGAUGGAAGAAGCGCGAGAGCGUCCGACGAUUCUCACGCAUCCAGAUCGACGGCGCACUUGCAGUCCGAACAAGCCAGAGCCGAGACUCGGCAGGCUAGCAACCAAAUCACAUCACUUGUAAAGGCACGCGAUCCUGCCAGCUCGAAACCUACAAGAGCCAAAUCAAAGCGCAAACCCGUACCAGCGCUAUUGGACCCCCUCGACCAGCCUAUACCGUCGACGACCAUCGUCGAAAGGUACAAUAAGCCGACAACGCAAUAG